CUUUCUGCUCUCUCAUCAGUGUGUAUGCUGCGGCCGCAGUGCUAGGAGUCGGACCGCAUGUGCCGUCACGUAGCCUACCAUAAAGCUCAUAACAUCAACCCAAAUUCAUAGCUGCAAUAAUUGUAAUUUUGUUUAUGGACGCAGUGUAGCCAUUUCUCGCGAUAAUUUGGACUCAUCCACGAAUCGCAGGUGGAUUUUUUUUUCUUUCUUCUAUCCCGGAACGGAGGCUCGUUUUUUGGACAGCCAACGUGCCUAUAGAGGAGACGUGGGGACGGGAAACAAGUGCGCAGUGCUCACGGAGAAAACAGUAGAGAGACAGCAAGCAGUGUGUUUGUUGUAACCCACCAGGAUCGUCCUUUAGCUGUCUGGUGAGUGUGGGGAGUUCGACAGUUGCGAAAUGAAAUGAAUAUUAACUGGAGUGUGGAGAAUAAUUCUAAUGAACCCCGCGCUGCGUCCUACAGAUGAGGACACUGUUCCCCAAUGCUUCUGAGGGGAAAACGAGGAUGAACCAUCCAAAGCGCACGUCGGGCCUGUAAACACAUUGACUUUACGUUUGUUGAAAGGCUAUCGUUGUUGAGGAUUCAUCGACGAUACUAUUGAACAUUGAAACGCUGUUUUAGGUCAUCACAUUGGUUCUGUAGAGAAGCUAGACGUUCCCUUCACCUGCUAUUGAAAAUGGGCAACAGUUUCUCCAACAUAUCUGCUUUCCAAUCCCUUCACAUUGUGAUGCUGGGGUUGGAUUCGGCUGGCAAAACGACUGUUCUUUAUCGUCUGAAAUUCAACGAAUUCGUAAACACCGUGCCAACAAUUGGAUUCAACACUGAGAAAAUCAAACUCAGUAAUGGUACGGCAAAGGGGAUCAGCUGUCACUUCUGGGACGUCGGAGGCCAGGAGAAGCUCCGACCCCUAUGGAAAUCCUACAGUCGGUGCACGGACGGCAUCAUCUAUGUGGUGGACUCGGUAGACGUCGAUCGGCUGGAGGAGGCUAAAACGGAACUGCAUAAAGUUACCAAAUUCGCGGAGAACCAGGGGACACCGCUGCUGGUGAUAGCCAACAAGCAGGACCUGCCCAAAUCUCUUCCAGUCGCGGACAUUGAAAAACAGCUGGCUCUCCACGAGCUCACCCCAUCCACCACAUACCACGUCCAACCUUGCUGCGCAAUAAUUGGCGAGGGACUCCACGAGGGUAUGGACAAACUAUAUGAGAUGAUUGUAAAGCGGAGAAAGUCUUUAAAGCAAAAGAAGAAACGAUAACGACCGCCUAUGGGUCGUAGCCUAUGGACCGUUCAUUAACCUAAACCUACGCAACAUUACUGUAUCUAAAUGCUGUUUGGGUAUGCCAAUGUUGCCCUAAGAUGACAUUUACUUUGCGGUGAUUGUUGUAUUUCCUUUCAUUGGGUUGUAAAAGUUGCUGACGCUGUGAAUCCUAUAGCUGAAUGAUGCUUUUGCACGCAAGAGGGUGAUCCUAUUGGUGCAAGAUAUUUACUAAGGUUAACCAAAACAAACUUGAUAUUAAUUUUAUCAUAGGAACAAAAGCAUUACAUGAAUGCGGGCUGGCCCGUCAUUUACUGCUUUUACCACGGACUAUAAAUCUGUAGCUCAACAUGUUAUUUUGAAGAAGCAUCCCAUACAGUAUAGGCCUAUACUGUGAUGGACUAUGGACAUUCUGACGGAAUGCUUCUUUGGACAGCAAGUUUUACUUUGCACGUUAAGUGGAUGUGGGUCACAAUGAAAUGGACCCUGUUCAUUCAUGGAGAAGAAAAAAACAGAAACCAAGAUAUCUGUAUUAUGAAAGUCACACCUCAGUCCCUGUAUGGGUUUAUUAAUGCAGAGGUCAACAAGGCUUUGGAGCGAUGAAGUUUACUAUGCGUGGUGGACUGAGGAUAACAUUGUCUGCAACGUGGUCCACUACUUUGCACUUUUAAUUUCCUAACAAAAUAGUAGAGUACUACACUGUAUAGCAAAAAACCAGGCUGUGUAUGUACCAAAAAGCCCAAAUUGAAUUAUUUUUUGAAUAUUAAAAUGUAUACAAAUUGCA